AUGGAGGCGAACGGCACGGCCACCGUCUUGAGCUCGGCCUACUUGGCGGCGGAGUACGUGGACGCCUUCUUACCAGAGAACCCCCUGCGACCCUCUUUCAAACAUGCCUGGUGCUACAUGCUGAACAACUACACCAAGUUCCAGAUUGCCACCUGGGGCUCGCUCCUGGUGCACGAGCUCAUCUACUUCCUCUUCUGCCUCCCCGGCUUCCUCUUCCAGUUCCUUCCCUUCAUGCGCAAGUACAAGAUCCAGCAGGACAAACCGGAAACCUGGGAGAAGCAAUGGCGCUGCUUGAAGAUGUUGCUGUUCAACCACUUCUUCAUCCAGCUGCCGCUCAUCUGCGGCACGUACUACUUCACAGAGUUCUUCUCCAUCCCCUACGACUGGGACUCCAUGCCUAGAUGGCCUUACUUGGCGGCUCGGUGUCUAGGAUGCGCCGUAAUCGAAGACGCCUGGCACUACUUCCUCCACCGACUGCUCCACCACCGUAGGAUCUACAAGUACAUCCACAAAGUCCACCACGAGUUCACGGCGCCUUUCGGCAUGCAGGCCGAGUACGCCCACCCGGUCGAGACGGUGGUCCUGGGCGCCGGCUUCUUCAUCGGGAUCCUCAUCUUCUGCAACCACGUCUUCUUCCUCUGGGCUUGGGUGGCCGUGCGACUACUGGAGACCAUCGACGUGCACAGCGGCUACGACGUCCCGCUGAACCCGCUCCACCUGCUGCCGUUUUACGCCGGCGCUCGCUUCCACGACUUCCACCACAUGAACUUCGUGGGCAACUACUCGUCCACUUUCACCUGGUGGGACAAGAUUUUCAACACCGACCACCAGUACAACAAGUACGUGGGCCAACGGAAAGACGACAAGAAGACGCGGUGA